UCCGGCGGCGGCGUAAACAAGGCCCGGGCGGCCGGAGGCGGGGCGGGCUGCGAGUGCGAGCCAGCUCGGCCGCUCUCCCGCUCAGCGCCUGCCUGGUCAGGGGCGGCCGAGCGGUCCCCGCGAGCCCCGCAGCCGCUGCCCGCGCGCGCCCUAGCGCUCGGCCGGGAGGCGGAGGCCCCGCGCGGGAGAGGCUGGUCGCCGGCGCUGGCUGCGCGCCGCGGUCCGCCGCUCCGCUCUCCUUUGUCUCCCGCCCGCGGGGCCGGAGAGAGCUAAGUGCACGGCGGUGGGUGCAACCUCAAGAUGGCUGAUGGCAACGAGGAUGCCCGAGCGGACGACCUGCCAGGCCCGGCCUUCGAGAGCUACGAGGCCAUGGAGCUGGCCUGUCCGGCCGAGCGCAGCGGCCACGUCGCCGUCAGCGAUGGGCGCCACAUGUUCGUCUGGGGCGGCUACAAGAGUAACCAAGUGAGAGGACUAUAUGACUUUUAUCUGCCCAGAGAAGAACUAUGGAUCUACAACAUGGAGACUGGAAGAUGGAAAAAAAUGAACACUGAAGGUGACGUUCCUCCUUCUAUGUCUGGGAGCUGUGCUGUGUGUGUAGACAGGGUGCUGUACUUGUUUGGAGGGCACCACUCAAGAGGCAAUACAAACAAGUUCUACAUGUUGGAUUCAAGGUCUCCAGAGAGAGUGUUACAGUGGGAAAGGAUUGACUGCCAAGGAAUUCCUCCAUCAUCCAAGGACAAACUUGGUGUCUGGGUAUAUAAAAACAAGUUAAUAUUUUUUGGAGGGUAUGGAUAUUUACCUGAAGAUAAAGUAUUGGGAACUUUUGAAUUUGAUGAAACAUCUUUUUGGAAUUCAAGUCAUCCGAGAGGGUGGAAUGACCACGUACAUAUUUUAGACACUGAAACAUUUGCCUGGAGCCAGCCCAUCACUACCGGUAAAGCACCAUCCCCUCGUGCUGCCCACGCCUGUGCAACUGUUGGAAACAAAGGCUUUGUGUUUGGGGGCAGAUACCGAGAUGCUAGAAUGAAUGAUCUUCACUAUCUUAAUCUGGAUACAUGGGAGUGGAAUGAACUAAUUCCACAAGGUAUAUGCCCCGUUGGCCGAUCCUGGCAUUCACUUACACCAGUCUCUUCAGACCAUCUUUUUCUCUUUGGAGGAUUUACCACUGAAAAACAGCCACUAAGUGAUGCCUGGACUUACUGCAUCAGUAAAAAUGAAUGGAUUCAGUUUAAUCAUCCUUAUGCUGAUAAACCAAGGUUAUGGCACACAGCUUGUGCAAGCGAUGAAGGAGAAGUGAUUGUUUUUGGUGGUUGUGCAAACAAUCUGCUGGUACACCACAGAGCUGCACAUAGUAAUGAAGUACUUAUAUUUUCAGUUCAACCAAAAUCUCUUGUACGGCUAAGCUUAGAGGCAGUCAUCUGCUUUAAAGAAAUGCUAGCCAGCUCGUGGAACUGCCUUCCAAAGCACUUACUUCACAGCGUUAAUCAGAGGUUCGGCAGCAACAACACUUCGGGAUCAUAAGGCUUUGUAUACAACACUUCUGCUACUGCAUGGAGAACAAGCCUGUCUGUCACAGAGCGGCACCCUUUGUAUAAUUAUAUGCAUUGUUGUAGUUUGAAGCUUUCUGGGUUUUAUGUGCAUGUGAAUGGCCUAGAGAACCUAUUUUUGUGUCUAAAGUUUACAAUAAAUGUAUUUAACACCA